GGAUGUGAACCGUCCCUUCCUGUUUCACUGCGGGCUGUUCCACCGUGUGCACUGUCAGACAUCGCAACCGAGACACCCCGAGUCUCGAUGUUUCUCUGCUAGUGCUGCCAAAGACGGGGUUAUUUAUUUCUUUAGCGUGGAGUACAGGCUAUAGAUAUAGUAUAUUUAUUUGCCAAUGCCGUCGACAGCCACCGUCAUAAUUUGCAUUCGACAGGCUAGCUAGCUAUGGUUUGCGUUGUACAGCCACUGGUCUUUUCCCUGCUCUGAUCCAAUGAUUGUUUUAUCGACAUAACGUUACUCAUGGCGGAAACUAAAAUAAUCUAUCAUAUAGAUGAGGAGGAAACUCCGUAUUUAGUGAAAUUGGCAGUUUCUCCAGAGAAAGUCACUUUAGCAGAUUUCAAAAAUGUCCUUAACAAUCGUCCGGUCAACAACUACAAAUUCUUCUUUAAAUCUAUGGACCAGGAUUUUGGGGUUGUCAAAGAGGAGAUCUCUGACGAUAACACCAAGCUGCCCUGCUUCAACGGAAGAGUGGUGUCAUGGCUGGUCCUGGCGGAGAGCUCGCACUCAGACGGGGGCUCCCAGUGCACAGAGAGUCACCCGGAGCUGCCCCCUCCCCUGGAGAGAACAGGGGGCAUCGGAGACUCCAGACCCCCCUCCUUCCAUGCCAAUGCCGUGAGCAGUCGGGACGGCCUGGACACAGAGACGGGCAGCGAAUCUUUGCUCAGCCACCGGAGAGAGAGAGAACGAGAGCGAGCGAGGAGGAGGGGGAGAGAAACAGAGUUCCCCCGUGUUAACGGUCACUCCAAAGCCGAGCGGCUGGCGCGGGACUCAGCCAUGGGCUACGACAGCACGUCCAUGAUGAGCAGCGAGCUGGAGUCCAGCUCCUUCAUCGACAGCGAGGAAGACGAGGACACCAGCAGGCUCAGCAGCUCCACGGAGCAGAGCUCCUCCUCCAGGCUAAUGCGCAGACACAAACGGCGCAGACGGAGGCAGAAAGUGGCCAAAAUAGACCGGUCAUCUUCCUUCAGCAGCAUCACAGACUCCACCAUGAGCCUGAACAUCAUCACCGUCACCCUCAACAUGGAGAAGUACAACUUCCUGGGCAUCAGCAUUGUGGGACAGAGCAACGACCGGGGCGACGGGGGCAUCUACAUCGGCUCCAUCAUGAAGGGGGGGGCAGUCGCUGCCGACGGCAGGAUAGAGCCAGGAGACAUGCUGCUACAGGUGAACGAGGUGAACUUUGAGAACAUGAGCAACGACGACGCCGUGCGCAUCCUCCGGGAGAUCGUCUCCAAAACCGGACCCAUCAGCCUGACCGUGGCUAAGUGCUGGGACCCCUCCCCCCGCAGCUACUUCACCAUCCCCCGAGCGGAGCCCGUGCGCCCCAUCGACCCCGCGGCCUGGAUCUCCCACACCUCCGCCAUGACCUCGUCCUACCCUCACUACGAGUUCGACGACCUGCCCCUGUCGGUCAGCAAGACGGACAUGGCGACCAUCGUCAAGGUGAUGCAGCUGCCUGAGUCCGGCCUGGAGAUCCGGGACAGGAUGUGGUUGAAGAUCACCAUCGCCAACGCUGUCAUCGGUGCGGACGUGGUGGACUGGCUGUACUCGCGGGUGGAGGGCUUUAAGGACCGGCGGGACGCGCGGAAGUACGCCAGCAGCCUGCUGAAGCACGGCUACCUGCGGCACACCGUCAACAAGAUCACCUUCUCCGAGCAGUGCUACUACACCUUCGGGGACCUGUGCCAGAACCUGGCCGCUCUGAACCUGAACGAGGGGUCCAGCGUUGGGGGUUCGGAGCAGGACGCCCUGGCCCCUCUCCCCCCUCCCCCCGCACACCCCUGGCCAGUGGGGGGCCAGCCUUUCCCCUUCCCCCCCUACACGCCCUCCGGGUUCCCCCCCGGGUACUCGGACCCCUGCCACAGUUUCCAUAGCGGCAGUGCAGGCAGCCCGCAUAGCGAUGGAACCAGAAGCAGCGGGUCUAACCCCAGCGUAGUCAAAGGGCGACGCCCCUCUCCCCAGGAGAAGGACCGCAAGUCGACGGGCAGCGGGGGCAGCGAAUCGGAGCCCGGCACGCGGGGAGGGAGGCGGGCCGAACGAUCGUCCAGCCAGCUGAGCCACCACAGCCACGCCCACUCCAGCCACAGCCACGCCCACUCCGCCUACAGCCACGCCCAGUCGCACAGGAGCCAGGGCUUCUCCCAGAGCGGCCACGCCCCUUUCUCCUACGGCCACGCCCCUUUCUCUCAGCACGCCCACCUGUCGUGCGAUCACAGCGAGCGGAGCCACGCCUCCUCGUACGGCCCCCCCGGCCUGCCGCCCCCCUACAGCCUGGCCCGGCUGGCCCCCAAGGUGCCCCUGAGCAGCGGCCCCCCCGGGGCCCCCCCCCUGCGCGACCUGGGGGCCGUCCCGCCGGAGCUGACCGCCAGCCGCCAGUCCUUCCAGCACGCCAUGGGCAACCCCUGCGAGUUCUUUGUGGACAUCAUGUGACCAGGUCAUGUGACCAGGUCAGGUGACACUGUGAAAAGCACACAGCAAUCUCUGCUGUACCCCCCCCCCCCCAAGAUCACUAACACCGACAGAACCCCCCUAAUCGCUACACUACUCCGGCACUCAGACCCCCCCAACCCCCCCGUCCCCGAAAGAAAACCCCCACGCGCCUGCCUCUGACCGCCCCAGACUGGCUGUUUCCUGCUUCCUGUUUCCUGCAGUGGCUGGUUAACUGAAAGUGGUGCUGCACUGGGCACAAGUACUGGAAUGGAGCCUCCCAACAACCGCAACCCCCCCCCCCCCAAUACUCAGAGUUUGGAUCUCAAUCCUCCAGACUCCGAGCUCUGGGAAGCAGGCCACACAUCAGGACUCCCAGAGCUGGACAUUGCCCGCAAGUGAACUCAGUUUCCCAGGAUCCCUCACUCCGUCACAGGGUAACUCCACAACCGUCUGCCUUCAUACUCUGGGUAAGGAGUGGAAUCCCUACUCUAGCACGUGGUAAACUUAGAAAACCCUGACUACCAUUUACCUGCCAGAAGGUAAAAAUGCCCACCCCCUUGCCGACAUGCAGGAGGGGGGUGUAAGUAAGGCUUUUUGGGUGCCAGUCUUUAAGCAGACUGGCAUGUCCCCUAUGAAAGCAGCGGGGUGUUCAUUUUAAUUCCCAAACUGACGUGCGGAAUUCUGCCUUCGCAUGAAAAAAAGCUGCUUUUAAAACUGCAACGCCGCUUCCGCAUUGACGGCGAACCGACUCCGUUUCCAAGACAACAGGUUUUAUUUUAUUUUAUUAUUUUUUUUAACCAGACGCAAAUCCCCGUGCUCGUUUGAACUGUGAAAACGUAGGAAGUAAAAACCAAGCGAACGUGACAACCAAAGGCUUUCACAGAAAGCAGAGUUUGAUCUCACAGAGAGAGGCUCAUCGCGGACGCUAAGACUGCUCAGAGACCUUCGACCAGCCCUUUAAAAGCCGUCGUAUGCUCACGACGAUGGCGACUGUGCACAGAAAUAGUCAGUGUUUUCAGAGGUGGAUAGUUCAGGGGUCAGAUAGUGGAAGUCCUGCUUUGUGUUUCUUCUACCCAUGAACUCCAGCCAGCUGAUUUCACUAAUCAGUUCUACCUCCUGGCUGAAGAAUUGUGCUAAUUAAUAAAAUCCAGGUGAUUGGAACAAAAUACUGGGGAGGACUUCUGCUUUUUUUUAACCUGGAUUUUCCACCUCUGGUGUUGAUCUGAAACUAAUAUGAGUGGUGAAAUGUGUUGGCAUCCGGUGUCUUUGUGUUCCCAGGAAGCACAUUACAUGUAAGUCGUUCUUCAUAUUUAAAUACGUCCAGAUGCCCCUCCCUCCUUUUCCCCAAAGCCUUCUGGGGAAGCAAUCCUGUAACCGUGUCUAAGCACUUUUUAAACGUUUCUUGUCUGACCCUUUAGUAUUAAACACUGUUGGCAAUCUGAAAUUUCUGCUUUCUUUUUGUUUCUUAAAAACCGAAAUUAUCAAAUUGUACAGGAAAAAAUAUAUAUUAUAUAUAUGAAAAAUAAAUAUAUAUAUGUAUAAAGACCAGGACUGGCAGAUUUUGUAAGCUGAUGCAUUGUAUAAACUGAUACAAUGGACGUGGUGUUUCAAUAUUGGUGAAUUUCAAUAUUGGUGAAUUUGAUUUUCUUUUUUUAAAAUAAUUUUGUCCCUAAUGAUUUUAAAUUUUUUUGUUUGUUUUUGUUGAUGAAAUCUG